AAACAUCUAUUUCACAGGAUUGCAGAGUAGUGAAUGCAAUUUCUUCAAAAAUAAAAUUGAUUGGUCCACAACAAUUGUAGUUUUUAACUCAAAUUUGCAGUUGGUCAUAGCAACCUAUAAAAAGGGUCUGAGAUGCAUUUUGGAAAUUUCAAUAAACUGACUAAAAAUUGCAGGAAGAUGUAUGUACUGCUAUUCUUUAAAAAAAAUAAUGUCCAGUAUUGAGUGGUUAAAAAAAUGCAGAAUUUAACAAGUCUGUUUUAGAAUUGAUACUUUAAUAUUAAAAAUAUAGGUGACUUCAAAUACAGUUUUAUGUAUCUUUUAAUUAAACUAUUGGAAAUAAAUGUCACGAAAAGUCAAACGUCCCAAAUUUAAUAAAUUGACCUUGAAUUGAACUAAUUCUGCUUGUAAAUAAACUGUUACGUUUUUAAAUUAUGUAAUCCAAAACAUCCCAGCUUUUUGUCCAAGCUCACUUAGGAAUACAGGCAUUAAUGACUUUAUUAUUAUUAUUAUUAUUUUUUUUUUAAAAGCCCAGAUUUAAUCAUUUUUUGUCAAAUUAAGUCCAUGCUAUAAAUAUCCCAUCCACCUCGUGUGUGUGAAAUAAAGCCGCCGCGGAGCGAUUGAUGUGUGUUUCUAUAGUGACGCAGCGAGCUUUUACUAUAGCGGGCUACAGCUUAGCAUCUGCUCAGGGAUAGCUGGAGUAGGUAGGGUAAUGUCCGCGGUAGGGUCCAACAUAAUGACCUACCAAAUGCCUACCGCCAAAGUAUUCAUAUCAGAAGGAGGUUUGAGCUAUGGCCGCCUUGCUCCUGGACACCCAACGCACAGUACCUUCGGGAUUGGAGGACGUAUCGCGUUAAGGCCAAGUCAGAUAAGGAAGUUCCCUUUAAUGCUGCCUCUUAACAGCAACCAGAACGAGAACACGUUAGUGAGCAGCUUCAUAAUUAAAGGGAAAUCAAACUUAAAUAAAGAGGACAAAGUGAUUUCAGAGGAUGUUGACCAAGAGCAUGAUAUCUUUGGGAGACACUUCCUGUCUCAGAAAACAUGUACAGAGUUGGAAAGGACCAGAUCUAUGGUUCCUCCACUGCGAAAAGACAACAAUGAGCAUCGACAUGUUAAACUUCACCCUUUGAGCCUCUCCGCUGAGCUUCCCAGCAUCCCUUCAGGGAGACUUUUCACCCUGGGCCAAAAUAUUAAGAGCCAUUAUGGAAGGUCCAAUGAGCCACUUGCGGCUCCGGAGACACAGGUUGCAGACCCUAGAAACUCUGGGGUGAACAUCAGUUCACCCCCCACUUUAAUCUUAAAUGGCAAGAACAAUUUUUCAGUGGAAAGCUGCAAGUUUAGCAGGCCCAAGGUACAUUAUCCAAUCCACACCCCGGUGACUGUUAAAGACAAUCAGAAAAGUUGUCUUCAUGCAGGCCAGAGUUAUUCAGACCCAAUCAUCGGAGCCCCUCGCUCUUUUAUCCACCGGAUUUCUGAGCUCUCGUCUUUGGAGGGUGAGACGGUGAGAUAUGAGAAGAUUAAGAAAAUCAGGAAGUCUAAAAACUCUCUGUCCUGACAAUCACCCCCUUCUGAGUCGCGACGGCCCAGGAUUAAGACGUUUGAGUCUGUGCCAAUAACUGAACAAAAUAAAACACUUAGUGCGCCAUAUUCAUUUCACUGGCUUGUUCUGACGGCGUGUUUGUCCUCAGUGAUACUGUUUGGCUGCUUAACGUGGCUGCUUCUUACUUUUUGGGAUUCCUGACUCUCCUUAAGGGAUAAAAUGUAGUUUCAACUCAGUAUUCCCAACGGCAAUGAUGACGUGUUUCACACCAAAAAAUGUGUAGAUUCUCAUUUGUCAGUAGUUUUUCCUUCCACACCUGCAUGGAAACAUGUUAUAUUUAUUUCUGUAAUGGCUUUAGUGGCCAUGAAGCAGUGAUACCAUGUUUCUCUGUGUGUGCUGUGGAUGUUGUUUUAGCUUGAGUCUAAAAAUGCACCAGUGUUACAGAAAGUUUCAAACACAUUUCUGCUUUGUUUACUAAGUCAAAUUUAUGUGGAUAAAUGGCAUAGUUUAGCUGAACUCUUGUGCCUUGUUAAAUGUCUUCCUGAAAUGAAAUAAAUUUAUUUUUGUUAUUCCAAAGAG